AUGCACAGCUCCACCUUCCUCCUCGCUGCCUCCGCCGGCCUCGUCGCCGUUGCUUCCGCGGGCCAGGUGAAUUUCUACUCGGACACGAAUUGCAAAAAUUACAUUGGCGAAGCGCACCCAGGCAGCUACCAAACGACCGGCGGCCCCGCGGGUUCCUUCUCCGCCCUCUGGGUCAGCAUCGACCAGAAAGCGUGCAGCAGCACGUGCGGGCCGAUGAUCAUCUGUGGGGAUUCAAGCUGCAGUCGCCGCCAGGCUACUGGGAUCGGCAGGUGUGUUAGCUUCAGCAGUGGUGUGUGGGCGAGGAACGGAUGUGGGCAGGACAUGUGCUGA